AUGAAUACGUCCAACACGUAUUACAUCGUAGGCUACGAACCAAAAGCAUCGAUGAACGUAGCACACCACAUACUGAUUUACGGCUGCAAAGCACCUGGUACAGCGAAAGCCGUGUGGAAUUGUGGUGAAAUGGCAGCCAAGUCUAACAAUAAUAAUGAUCAAUACAGACAAGCAAGUCCUUGCAGCGAAGGAUCUGAAAUUUUAUAUGCAUGGGCACGUGAUGCACCGGCGUUGACGUUACCUGAAGGUGUAGGAUUCAAAGUUGGCAAGGACUCUCAAAUAAAGUAUUUAGUACUGCAGGUCCAUUAUGCACACAUAGAUCACUUCAAAGAUGGCGUAACAACCGAUGAUUCAGGUAUAAUUUUGCAUUACACGUCAAGGCAGUUGCACAAACUCGCUGGCGUUUACUUACUUGGCACAAUGGGAGUCGUACCAGCGAGAAGCAAAGAGUACAUGGAAGCAGCGUGUUUGUUCAUGGAGAACAAAGUGUUGCAUCCAUUUGCCUAUCGUACCCAUACGCACGCACUUGGUAAGGUAGUUUCCGGUUACGUUGUCGACAAAGAUAACAAGUGGAUUGAAUUAGGAAAACGGGACCCCUUAACUCCCCAGAUGUUCUAUCCAGUUCACAACAAUGUUACCAUAACAAAGGGCGAUAUUCUCGCGGCAAGAUGUACAAUGGAGAGUUUUCGAGAUCGAGACACGUUUAUUGGUUCUACUGGUGAAGAUGAAAUGUGCAAUUUCUAUCUAAUGUAUUACGUCGAAAAUGACGAAACUGUUGACAUGAAGUAUUGUUUCACACAAGGACCACCAGAAUUUUAUUGGAAGAUGGCUAACCUCAAAAAUAUACCUGAAGAUGCAUCAACGCUUUAA